UUUAACACAAAUGUAUUUUAUUAUUUGUCUAAUUCCAUUCCAAUUUUUAAAGCAGAUUGGAGUGUUCAAGCAGUUAUUAGCUGGGUAUUGACACAGUAUUUUGGGGAGGAGCACAUUUCUAUUAUUGCUGAAGAAGAUACACAAGCACUCAGUGGAAGGGAUGGAAAUGAGUUACUGCAGGGAGUGGUAAACACAGUGAAUGAGUGCCUUAGUGAAGCAGCGAUGUUUGGGCUCGAGUCCCCACUGCAAUCGCUAGGAACACUUGAUGUUCUUAAUGCUAUAAACAAGGGGAGCUCUAAAGGUGGACCAAUUGGAAGACACUGGGUACUGGAUCCAGUAGAUGGCACUCUUGGUUUUGUGCGAGGAGAUCAAUAUGCAGUAGCUCUUGCCAUGAUAGAAGAUGGGGAGGUCGUACUUGGAGUUCUUGGUUGCCCCAACUAUCCAAUGAGAAGGGAGUGGCUUAACCACCGUCAUCACUAUUAUCAGCUAAUGUCUAAACAGUCCCCACCAGAUUCUGGAGUAUGGAGUAGAGGCUGUGUGCUAUCUACACAGAAGGGCAGCGGGCAAACUUGGAUGGAGCCUUUGGUAAAUGACGUAAUAAAUUUGGGGUUGUCAACUUUAGCAAGGCCUGCCACUGUUUCAUCUAUUGAUGAUCCUGCAUUAGCUACAUUUUGUGAACCAGUUGAAAAAGAAAAUUCAAACCAUUCCUUCACAGAAGGACUUGCUCAGAGCCUAGGGCUAAGAAAUCGUCCAUUGCGUGUUUAUAGUAUGGCAAAAUAUGCAGCUAUAGCUCGAGGUGAUGCAGAGAUAUUUAUGAAAUUUGCGAGGGCCGGGUACAAAGAGAAAGUAUGGGACCAUGCAGCAGGAGUUAUUAUCAUACAAGAAGCUGGGGGUGUUGUGACUGAUGCUGGGGGAUCUCCUCUUGAUUUCUCUAAGGGGAUUUACCUAGAGGGACUUGAUAGAGGAAUCAUUGCCUGUUGUGGUGCCCAGAUUCACAAGAAAACAAUUGCAGCAGUUGAUGAAAGUUGGGAUUCUUCCAAUUUGUGACCUACACAUUUCUGUAGAUGGGAAUUACUUCUGUUUCUUGGCAGCGUAGGAUGCGGUUAAAGGAUCUUUUUCUUUUUGAUGGCAAUAAUACAUUUGCCUAAUCAGUGAAGUUACACUACAUUCUGUGUGAUAUCAAUUAAGGAUGGGUUGUGUGCUUCCAUGACUAUUAUGUUCAGAUAGCCAUGUUUAUGUGAUGCCUUGAAUGUCUUAUUUGAGAAGAGAUGAUAUUUUCAAGUAAACAUGAUGGCAGCUGUUAAUAUGAGAAUGCCAGGUGGGGUUGUGAUAACAAAAAAUCCUCAUUGAUGACAGUGUGAACUUUAUGUUAAACAAAUCUCUGCCGAAAGGAAGAACCAUGCAAGAAGAAGCCAUUUUUCACUAACUGACAUUCUUAGUCCCAUGAGUCUGUUAGACUUGUCAUGCUCUGAGUAAUUAUUUUGAUUACCCAUGUUAUCUUUUGCUGGUAUGCAUGGAUCGGGUAUUUGCAGUCACUUGUCGCUAUGGAAUCCAUAGAAAGAGUAGUAAGGCACAUCUAUUAUAUUUCUUUCA